AUGAAAUUCUCAACUACCGUUUUCGCUUUGGUCACCGUCGCUGCUACUACUUACGCUGCUGACUCAUCCAGUGGUGGAGGUGCUGGUUCAUCAGCCACUUCUAAGGCUGGUUCUGCUGCCUCAAAGGCUUCAUCUGCUGUUGCCGGUGGUUCAUCAGGAUCAUCAGGAUCAUCAGCUAAAUCCUCUGGUGGAUCUUCUGCUUCAUCAGGAUCUGGUUCAUCAGCCGGUGCUGCUUCCAAAUCCGGUUCUUCAUCUGCUUCAUCUGGCUCAUCAUCAAAGUCCUCUUCCGGUGAUGCUAAUGCCCUCGGUGUUGCCGGUAUUGGUGCUGGUUCAUUAGCCGCUGUUGCCGGUUUGUUGUUGUUGUAA